ACGAGGCUUCACGAUUCCCGUUGCCCGCGCUUAUUUUUGCCCCCAAUCUUUCAAACCUCCGCCUUCACUCUCUCUCCUCGCUGAGGGGGGAAAAAAGAAAAAAAAAGGAAAGAAAAAUUAGGGCAACAGCAGCGACUUCGAUCUCGACCGAAAUUAUCUCAUCCGAGAGAGAGAUGCAGAUUUAGUGACUUGUCCAAAUGGCGAAAGCGGCGGUUGUGGAAUCGGCUUCAACUAGGAAUUUUCCGUUUGGGAGAGUUCAAUCCGAUGUCAAGAUGAAAAGGAAGACUCCCUCUGAACUGAGAGGGGAACAGUUGAAAAGAAGGAAUGGUGAACUCCAAGCUGAUGUGCAGCUGGCUCCUUUGCUGGCCUCUGACAGGAUUAAUCUUGGACCGACAACUUGCCCACAAAAACUUGAAUCGAAGAUUCCAAAGUACAUUAGCACCCGUGUUAAUGAGCUUUAUCCUGUCAAGAAAUCAAGUGAGAGGUGUAGAAUGCUUUAUGGAAAAGAAACAGCCAAGCAGGACCCUUGUACUGUCAGCAAAAUAUCCCAUGAUGUCAUUGAUUCUUCUGUUACUUCCAUUAUACCUCCCAGGGAUGAGUCUUCGCUUCCAUGCCUCAGUGAUAAGGCUAACAUUCUUAAUGAUGUGGGACGUCCUGACUCGUCUGCCAAAGAAAGUGGUGAACACGGAUUUCGGAAGAUUGAAAAAUGUAGUCUGAGUGCCUUGCGCAAUGUUGUUGAGAUUCAUUUGGGAAAUGAGAAGUCUUCAGAUUCUGCAAAAGUUGAUAUGCAAACAGCAUUAAAAGGAUUAGUUGCACGUGAUAUCCCUGGCAGCUCUAGUUCUUGGGCCGACUCUUCACUGAAGCAUGGUGAUCUUCUGUCAGUAUCUUCAAGAAGUUUCUGUUCUGAAUUUCAAAUUCCUGGCUGUAAGACUCCUCUGGAUUUCACCUUGAAAACUACAUUGCGAUUGGUUUCAUCAUCCUCAGUGAAAUGGUGUCACAGAAUCAGUGCAGGUCCUGCCUCAGUACCUCAUAUCCAUUUUAACAAGGAACAAAACUUUGGCUGCACAUCUGGACCAAAUAUGUCUGCUGAUACCAUGUACACAAAAGCUUUAACCACUUGGAUAUAUCCACAGUCUUCUCUACCUUCUUCCAUUAUAUCCGUAAUGGCCUUAUCAUCCGUAAAAGGAGAAAAGGACUUCCUAUCUAAAAGACAGCAGGAUUGGGAAGAUUCAUUUCAGAAUCUUUACUACAUGCUUAGAAGAAACAUGUGCAACAUCUUCUAUGUUUAUACUACACAGUUUGUAGUAUUAUUCAUUGGUGGCAACUUUUUGGGGAAGAAGCAUUCAUGUAAUGCUUACCUUUCACAAUCUACCCGAGGUUUACGAUCCUUGCUGAAAAAACAUGAUAUUCAUUUCUCAAUGCCUCUCUGCUGUGUUGAAGUGGAACAAGCUGCUGCUGAUGAUUUAGUUGAGCUCUCAGAGAUUGAGAAGCGAAAUUUGGGCCAGACCAUACAAAUGGAUUCUAUGAAUGAUGUGGAUAACAACCCUCAGUCUCUCCUAGCAUUUACUGGAAAUGAAAUUGUCCAUGGCUUAUAUGACUUUCUGCUAAAUUACAGGUUCUUCCUGAAUUCUUUGACGGGUGUUGACGUUCCUGUACUAUAUGCACCGGUGCCAUUUCAAAAUGCUUCUCUCUCUGUUCCAGAGGUAAGAUGCAGGGAGAUGAGGAGAGCUGAUGCAGUUCUUCCUUGUUCUAGCGGGUCAUAUGCAGAGGGCAGUGAAGUCACUAUAGGCUCUGGAAGUGCUGUUUGCUAUAGUAUUGAAAUAAAGGAUACAAUUAUUCCACCAUGGACUGUCUCUGGAAUUUGUGCAGCAAUGAGAUCAGAUGGUAGAAGUUUCGAGUCUAGCUUCACAACUGAGCCAUCAUCAAUAGGUUUGAAUGUUGCCCUUGAGUCUCUCUGCCAGGGACAUGAUCCAUCUACAGAUUCGAGUAACUCCUUGCCAAAAGAUGGUGAUGCCUUGGGAGUUCCUGAAGCUAUUCCAAGUCCUCAAUUGCGUUCGUCUUCAUUGAGGUCUCUCAAAUAUUCGAACGGCUCUUAUGUGGCUUAUGUUACGCCUGUCUAACAUGGCUUUGGUUCGUGCAUGUAACUUCAGCAUAUAUUCUUUUGUGAGACCAUAAAAAUUUUCUUGAAUUUCUCUCCGUUUUAGGAAGGAAAAGAACUUUGUUGUAUAACAUUUAUUACACAUAAAAACUUUUCUCAGUAUCUAUACUCUUGCAAUGUUUGAAAGUCA